AUGAGGAAAACCAACAUGUGGUUCUUGGAGCGGCUCCGGGGGUCCGGGGAAAACGGCGCGGCCCGGGGCGUGGGGGUCGAGGUGGGGGACAAGGCCUCCAAGGGGCCCUUGUACAGCAACGUGCUGACACCCGACAAGAUCCCCGACUUCUUCAUCCCCCCCAAGCUGCCCGCGGGCCCCGCAGAGGCCGAGGCGCAGGCCGAGCUGGGCCCGUCGCCGUCGGAACAGAACCUGGCCUCGGCCGCAGCCCGCCGGGGUCCCCGGAGCCCCCGGCUGCCCACCAGGCCGGCGGCCGAGAGCAGGAGCCUGCUGAAGGCCGCCACCCGGCACGUGAUCCAGGUCGAGAGCGCUGAGGACGGGCCGUCCGAAGAGGCCACCAGCGCAGACCCCCAGGCCCAGGGCGCCAUGUCCCUGCCCUCGGUGCCCAAGGCCCACACGUCCUACGGCUUCGCCACGCUGGCCGAGAGCCCCCACACGCGACGCAAGGAGUCCCUGUUCCACAGUGAGCACGGGGCCCUGGCCCAGGUGGGCUCCCCGGGGGCCCUGCGCCGCCGGGCAGGUGACAGGGCCGACGGGGGCGACGGGGGGCCCCGGGAAGCUGGCGGGGCCCUCAGGAGCCCCGGCCGCUGCUUCAGCGGCGGGGAGAGCGACACGGGCUCCUCGGCCGAGUCCUCCCCGUUCGGGUCCCCGCUGCUGUCCCGCUCGGUGUCCCUGCUCAAAGGCUUCGCCCUGGAUGGCCAGGCCAAGGUGAACCAGCUCAAGCACUCGGUGGGCCGCCACGGCUCCCUGUCGGCCGACGACAGCACCCCAGACACCAGCCCCGGGGUCCGGCGCCGCCUGACCCGCCGGGCCACCCCGGAGCCGGGCUCCGAGUCGGGCCCGGCGCCCCGCGGGGAGCACACGGUCCGGGUGGGCCCGCGGGGCAGCGUGCGGCUGCUGGCCGAGUACGAGGCGGCCCAGGCCCGCCUGCGGGUGCGCCUGCUGGCCGCCGAGGGCCUGUACGACCGGCUGUGCGACGCCCGCAGCGUCAACUGCUGCGUGGGCCUGUGCCUGGUGCCCGGCAAGCUGCAGAAGCAGCGCAGCACCAUUGUCAAGCACAGCCGCCACCCCGUCUUCAACGAGGACUUCUUUUUCGACGGCCUGGGGCCCGCCAGCGUCCGCAAGCUGGCACUCAGGGUCAAGGUGGUGAACAAGGGCAGUAGCCUCAAGCGGGACGCGCUGCUCGGGGAGACGGAGCUGCCCCUGGCCGCCCUCCUGCCGCUGCCCUGA